ACGAGGGGUUGGGUUGCAGCACCAAGCCACCAACUAGCUUAAACUCGCAGAAGCUCUCUGUCUAGGGUUUUGCUGUGCAAUUAGGCAAUUACACACACAGACACACAUCAAUCAGAUUCAUUCCAAUGGCGCGUAACGAAGAGAAAGCCCAAUCGAUGCUGAAUCGAUUCAUCACCAUGAAAAACGAGGAGAAGAAGAAGCCCAAAGAGCGCCGCCCAUUCUUAGCCUCCGAGUGCCGCGAUUUGUCCGAAGCCGACAAGUGGAGGCAGCAAAUCAUGCGUGAAAUUGGUCGGAAAGUCACCGAAAUCCAGAACGAGGGUUUAGGUGAGCACCGUCUUCGUGAUCUUAAUGAUGAAAUUAACAAGCUUUUACGCGAGAAAUUGCAUUGGGAACGCAGAAUAAUUGAGCUUGGUGGGCCUAAUUACACUCGGCAUUCUGCAAAAAUGACUGAUUUGGAUGGCAAUAUUGUUGAUGUUCCUAAUCCCAGUGGCCGCGGCCCGGGGUAUAGGUAUUUUGGCGCUGCCAAGAAGUUACCCGGUGUUAAGGAGUUGUUUGACAAGCCUCCUGAGUUGCGCAAGAGGCGGACUCGGUAUGAUAUUUAUAAGAGGAUUGAUGCCAGUUAUUACGGCUAUAGGGAUGAUGAGGAUGGGGUUUUGGAGAAGUUGGAGGUGGGCGCCGAGAAGAGGAUGAGGGCCGACAAGGUUAGGGAGUGGGAGGAGAUGGAAGCGAUUAAGAGGGAGGCAAGACGUGGGGUUAAGAGUGGAGGGGAUGUUGUUAAGGAGUUUUUGAGGGAGGAAGAGGAGGAUGUGGUUGAAGAGGAGAGGAGGGAGAGGGAGAUCAAGGAGAGGGAGAGUGGGGAGAAGGAGUUCAUGGUGCAUGUGCCAUUGCCGGAUGAGAGCGAGAUUGAGAAGAUGAUUGUGGAGAAGAAGAAGUUAGAGCUUUUGAGCAAGUAUGCUAGUGACAAUUUGUUGGAGGAGCAGAGUGAGGCGAAGGCUAUGCUUAAUAUUCAUCGUUAGAUCAUGGUCUGAGCUGGUAUUGAGAAAGAAAAAGAUAAUCCAUUUGGCUCCCUUGCUUUUCUGGAGGAAGAUAAGAAAGAAUUUCCUGGGACAAAACUAUAUGUUGACAUGCCCAAAGCUUCUUUAAAGCUUUUAAUCAAAGACUGGGCGCGGGAGAGCGAACAUUAUUUGUUUUGACCUCAUGGGUUAAUUGUUGGCCAGAUAUGUUGCAUAUUCUCAUGUACUUAACAUGAAACUGAUGAGAGUUUUACUUUUUACUGAUUAAUAACUAUGUUCUAUGUCACAAAGUAAUUAGUUAUUCAUAUUUUAUCUUAAAAUUUUCAAGAUA